UAGUAAAUAAAUAAUUUAAAGAAAUUAACAGUUGAAAAUUUGAUACGACAGCAUUGUUUUGCGAAUCUGUGAACUUUUUGGUCGCCAUUGCAACGUUCUAAGCCGAUUUGCCAUUAAAAUACACAUUUUUUCCUAGUAAAAGUUAAUAAACCAAAGAAAAAUGUCCAAAGCCCAUCCCCCAGAGUUGAAAAAAUAUAUGGACAAACGUAUGUUGUUAAAAUUAAACGGCGGCCGGUCGGUAGCUGGAAUUUUACGUGGUUUUGAUCCUUUCAUGAAUGUUGUACUAGACGAAACAGUAGAGGAGUGCAAGGAUAGUACUAGGAAUAACAUUGGUAUGGUGGUAAUACGAGGCAACAGCAUUGUUAUGGUGGAAGCGCUUGAUAGAGUAUAGUUAACUCAUUCCCUUGUCUUAAUUUAUACAUGCGAUAAAAAUAAAAUUGUAAUAAAAAAACUAAAAA